AAAAAACAAAAAAAAAAUUUUUGAAAGCAUUUUCCCGGUUUCGGUUGCACUCCUACAUACACACACGUACUAACUGCAUCCAAGUGCAAUUGAAUUUCGUAUAUUUGUAUCAUUAUGCAUAUGGUAUGAGUGCGUGUGUCCUAUCGUUGCAAAUUCUUUUUUUCAUCGGUGUUUAUUUUUUCGGGGAAAAAAAUGCAAUGAGAUGCAAAACGGCAAAUAGAAACAAGAAAAAAGAAAUUCCAUUGACUCCGUUUUAAAGUGAAAACUGUGUCUAAAGGUUGCAAAAGCAAAGCAAAGCAAAGCAAAGCAAAGCAAAGCAAAGAAAAUAUAUUGGUCACAUUGAGAAAAAAGGAAGCAGACGCAUUGCAAUUUUUAAGAGCUACAUAUAUUUUGCAAAACAAAAGAUAUAACAAAAAUAAAAAUAUCCAGAAAACGAAAAGACUGCAAAUAUUUUUUCAAUAUGGCUUGGAAUAAUAAAGGAUUUAAGUUAUGCUUAUUCAGAUAUUUGGUGAUCAAAAAUAAAAACUGUUCAGGUUCAAGCACACAAUUAUCACGUCAGUAUUGUAACUAUCAGAGUAGCAAUCGCAGAGAAAAAUGAAUUUUACACCAUUUGGAAAUCCAUUUCCUGGCUCAAUACCAGGUAUAGCACAGUUUACAACAAGUACAGCGCAGUUGGUAUCCACUGUAACAUCAGCGACCGCCGUAGCGACGGCUACAUCCACUAAUACACAGCAACAGCAGCAGCAGCAGCAGCAGCAACAACAACAACAGCAACAACAACAACAACAGCAGCAGCAGCAGCAGCAGCAACAACAACAGCAGCAGCAAGAUGGAGCUGGUCCUAGCAACAGAUAUCAGCAGCAACAGUUGCAGCAAGCUGGUGCCACCACUAUUAGUAUGGCCCAUUUCAAUCAGCCUAACCUGCCGGUGGCCGCAGCCACGACUGUUACUACAAUUCCUGCCAAAUUUCGUUCAAACAACGACGAUCCUCAAGGUGAUAAGUACAAUGGUCAUAUGGUUGCUUUACAAACGGCCGACCAAACGACUAACCAGCAAACGCCUCAGCAGCAACAACAAGCGCAAUACGCUGCUCUGCCUUCGUACAACCAGCAAACGGAAGAUAAACGCUUGGUACAAGCAGCCAUAGCUUACCCUCAAAAUAGUAUAACAGCCUCCACCUCAGCAGCCGCAGCUGCCUCAGUUUUAGGUUUACAACAAGCCCAACUCCAGCCUAGUACAUCUGCUCAGCAAAUGCAGACGCAGCUAGCACCUCAGGAGCUAACUCAGGAUCUUUGCAAUGCCAUACUGCAACAACAAGGUGUGGAUUCAAAACGUGUGCUACAAAAUACUUCAUGGCAAUCUUUGACACCGGGUACUACUGUGGCUGAUUAUUUAUCACAUCUUCCAGCAAAUACUUUGCCGCUUUCAUUGCAUCAUUUUCUUAAAUAUUCCGCAGAAAACAUUAAAAAAGAAACUCCUAACGUAGUACAAACGGGACCACAGCUUGGCAUUAAUACAAUAGGAACAACCACAACCAUUACAAUACCUCAACAACAACUGCAACAAAUAACUAAUCAAUUACAGGAACAACAAACGAGCAGUGGUCUUCAACAAACCACUGCUGCUGCGCAAUUACAGCCGGGUGCUUCUACGAGUGCUUUAGCCAGUAUACAACCAGCAACUGCUACAACCACUACGACCGCUGAAAGUACGACAAAGCGUAAAAAGCGCAAAAGACGCGUCAAACAACACAAGCCUAAGCCUAAACCAGGCGAAAUACGUUUAACCACCGCCUUAGAUGGCAGUUGCCUAUACAUGUGUCCUGAAUGCCAAGUAGCUUAUCCGGAACUGGAAUUAUUAGAAAUCCACCUAAUAGGCCAUAAUUCUGAAAGACGUUUUAUAUGUGAUAUCUGCCAAGCGGUUCUGAAACGCAAAGAUCACCUAACCAGGCAUAAACAGUCACACAAUCCUGAAAGACCUUUCAUAUGUACAGUAUGUAUGAAAGCUUUUAAACGCAAAGAACAACUCAGCUUACAUUUUGUGAUACAUUCUGGGGAAAAGAAACAUAUUUGUCAAGAUUGCGGUAAAAGGUUCUAUCGUAAAGAUCAUUUGCGUAAGCAUACACGUUCCCAUAUAGCAAGAAGAGUUAAGGCUGAACUAUGCUUACAAAAGGAUGACGAAGCAGGCCCUAGUACAAGCGGUGGUGGCGGGGGUGGGGGUGGAGGAGGUGAACGUUUAUUGGUACCUGAUACGGGUGUCAUUGCAGCAGUGCAAGCGAAUUUGCAACAAGCUGGAGUACAACAAACUACUGAAACCCAGCAGCAACAACAACUUCAGAUGCAUACUCAACAACAAUUACCUCAACAACAGCAACAUCAUCACGUCGUGGUGACACAACAACAACAGCAAACUGCCCAACAGCCGCAACCUCAGCACACGCAAAUGCUUAAUUAGCCCCCUCCUGGUACCCAAGACUUUUGCAAAAUCACUUAGCUCAUCAUCAUCACUAUAACUUACUAAGUGUUAAAGAAGUAUUUAAUUUAAUUUAAAAAAAACAACAAAAAAAAAAAACAGCAAAAAAAAAACAAAAAGAAAAAAUUCUGAAUUUGUUUGAUGGAUAAACCUUUCAUUUUAAACAACACUACAAAAAUAAUCUCUGAACAGCAAGCAAUUGACUAGUUUUUACAAGACAAGCAAAUAACUGAUUUUUGAAAUUUUGUGAAAACGCUUACAUAAACAACAUUUAAUCAAAAAUGUAGUAAUAAUUUGUUUAGCACUCUUUUUAUUUGCAUCAUAAUAGAUUUCUCUUUUUAUAUUUUACCG